AUGGCGACUUUCGCAAAUCUCACUGGCCGCGCUUCACCCGACCUAGGGAAGCCACAAAUGGCAUCUCACGCAUGGCUUGAGCCUAUUGUGGUUGUCAGUAUCAUGGUUGGAUCUUUAAUCGUGAACCGCAGAAGGAACUCCAACAGAAACUCACUGGAACUGCCACACUUUGAGCAUUUACACCGAGGUCGAGGUAGCUACGAUAUACUAGAGGACGGCGAUACCCAUAUCACCAACGAACUUCCUUCAAAUACCGAGAAUGUGUACGGCAUUACUAUCAAAACCCGAGACUCCUCCCGCUGGUCACACCACAUCCACAGUAGGAUCUUGCACAAAUUUCCAUUCUUGGUGGAAAUGUUCUACUGGAUUAUGAAUUAUUUGUUUUAUUCUGUGACCAAGAGCACGGCUCAGUGGUUGUCGCCGGCCCAGAUAGGAGUUGUCCAGGUUGCGCGAGACCACGCCAUCAACAUCCUCGACUUCGAACAACAAAGCGCCCGUUGGAUGUUCCCCAUCAAGGAAGUGGAUUUUCAAUCAUUUUUUAUCCAAAAUCACCCAUCAAUCUUGACUGUGUUCAAUCGAAUCUAUUCCUUGGUGCAUAUUCCGGGGACUGUGUUGUUCCUCUCUUGGUAUUACUACGCCGCGAAAGAACAUGAUUCCUUUGCUGUGGCUCGUCGAACUAUGACCCUUGGGAACUUUGUGGCCUUUUUAGUGUUCUGCGUCUACCCGUGCAUGCCCCCUCGGCUACUUCCCAAGUCCUAUGGAUUCUACGACACCGUCCGACAAGGGAAUGCCGAAAGUGUAUGGGUUGGUGGCGAAUCUGUGAACCAAUUCGCUGCCAUGCCCAGUCUACACUUUACAUAUGCGUUUGUGAUUGGCUGCACGUUUCUUUAUCAUUCUGGAGUGGUGCAAAGACUUUUUGGCAAGCCAACGAAGAAGUCAUGUCUGACUCAGAUUUCUUUCUUGGUGCUCUCUAUACUCUACCCGAUCCUCGUCCUGAGCGUUAUUGUUGCUACCGCCAACCAUUACUGGUUGGAUGCUGUCGUGGCCAUUUUCUCGGUUACCCUAUGCUUUCGCUUCAACCGGGUUCUUUUACUCUUUCUUCCUGUCGAAUAUGCAAUUUGCUGGGCUUUGCGACUAACAAAGCCUGUUCAUACCACCGGUGAGAGGGCAGAUAAACGAUAA